AUGCUAACUCCACCUAAAGUACAGAGCCCUACAUCGAAAUUGUCAACAGAAAUAAUAAAAAAUGAAAUUAGUCAAAUAGACCUAUAUGUUAAGCAAGUUAAUGAUGGUAAACCAACUCAAUUUUUUCAGUCAAACCAACCUACAUUAAGCCCAUCUUCAUCAUUAUACUCUACUGCUAAUCAGACCUCAGAUUAUCUACUUUGUAACAGAUAUGACAGAAAUUUAUCCACUGACUGGACAAAUCAUGAAAGUAUGUUACAAAUAGAUGAGAAACAAACUUUCCCUCUUUAUGAUUCAACAUCUCUGUCGCAUCAUCAUCAUCGUCAUCAUCAUCAUCAUCUUACAUCUCAUGAACAAAAUGAACACUACUCACAUUAUUAUCCAUACAAUCAUAUUCAUUCAAUUUAUUCAUACCAUCAUCAUAUGUUAGAUGAAUACAGUGAACCAGAAGUAGAAAUGAGUUUUUAUACUGAUAACACACAGAAAAAUAAUUUAAACCCUAGUAAUAAUACUCAUAAUACUUUAACCAAUACUGAUAGUAUCAGCAAUAGUAAUAGUAAUCUGAAUAAAAAAUCGAAAAGAGCACGAACAGCAUAUACACAGAAUCAAUUAUUAGAAUUAGAAAAAGAAUUUUGGUACAGUCAAUACUUAUGUCGCCCUCGUCGAAUUGAAAUAGCCUCAACACUUAAACUAUCUGAAAAACAAAUCAAGGUUUGGUUUCAAAAUCGUCGUAUGAAAUUUAAACGACAAAAACAUACAGAAAAUUCAUAUUUAUCUACAAACUCAGAGACAAUAAAUAUGCAAAAUGUACUCAAUAGAUCAGGAUAUUCAACUUCAUGUCAUCAUUCAAUGAAUAGUGUUCAUUUACCAGAACAUGAUCCAUCAUUAUGGAUUAGUCGUAAUUGUGAAAAUCUUGCCUACACUACCUGUAGAUGUAUAAGUAAUAAAGAAGUCAUUGAAAAAUAUAAUACUCAAUUAUAUUCGAAUAAAUUGAACAAUGAAUGUAGUUUGAUGCGAAGCGAAGCUGAAAUAACAACAUCAACCACAGCGACUACAACAACAAUAACAACAGAUAGUAAUUAUCCAUCUCGAAAUGAUCUGCACUUAUCUCCUGAAUCCAAUAUAAUUAAUCAAUUAAACAAUAAAUAUAAUAUCAAUGAAAAUUCAUUCCUAACAGAUUCUUAUUCCAUACAUUUUAAUGAUAAAUAUCAGAAGAUAUUUAAUGACGAAAAUUAUCAUUCAUUAACUAAUCAAUUACCAUAUUCAAAACAUUUGUAUCAUACUCAUCAACAUGCUCGAUAUCAGUAUAAAGAUAAACAAUUCCAUGAACAGUAUAAACAAUCAUGUAAUGGAAUUAGUUCUUAUGUUUCAGGAAAUUCAAUUCAUAAUCAUUGUUAUAAUCAUUAUGAAAAUCAUUUAUCAGAAUGUAAAGUAUCUAGAGAACGAAAAUUCAAUUCAGACAACUGA